GCUAAGUCAUGGACCGACUACAUACUUGAGCCUGCAACACCGUAAUAACCAUCGGUCUGAACCAUUUCAAGGACUGUUAACCACACCACAGGCGAUUGAGUCUUGCAUUAAGCGUACCGUAAACGUAACUAUGAAAAUGCUUGUACGCUAUUAAGCUCUUUUGCUGGCAAACUAGGCUGGGGCGUGAAGCCGCGACAUCUCCCCUCUCCCUAACCCCCCUUCGCCCUCUGGCUUUCGGAACGCUUGAGCCUAGCGGUGCAAAGCGUGGUUGUAAUAAGAAGAUGGUUUACGAUUCACCAGCUGCUGGGCGUAUCUUGGCCUGUCGAAAGCAUAGCCCAUGGACCAUGGAACGCGACAGGAAGAAGAGUAAGGCCAGACUGGGCUCUCCGGAGUGCCAGGACGUCGUCUCUGAAGGCAUUGAAGAGGAGGAGGAGGAGCCAGACGACCACGAGAUGACCGAACAGGAAGCACACGUGCUGGCAUGCCUUGGACAGCUUAGCGUCGCAGGCCUGCUUGGAGGUCACGGCGACGUGCCAGGAGGCUCGCUCCCACGCUCCGACUCUGCACCGGAGGGUCAACGCCGCAAGGUCCGGGGUUCACGGGCGCUGUCUGCAAGCUACCAAAAUCGCCUCCGCUCUUGCGUCCUCAGCGACAAGGGCAGCCCUGUUCGCCACAGCUCCCGAUCCUACGGCGGGGAUUGCGACCAAGAAAACGUUCCGCCUGUGACGUUCUCCGCUUCCGAGCACUCCAAAUGCUGGCUUGCCCGUCGGCACUCGCCUCCAAACGACGCCCCCGCCGCUGCGGAUCAGCAUCAUCGCGUCUCGACUACCUCGUUUGCGCUGCAAGCGCGCAACCAUACCCAAGUACCCAAUGCGGACCAGUCCCUCGCCAUCGCCGCUGCGGCUGCUGGCUGUACUCGUCUAAAACAGGAGCAUCAACAAGAUUUUGACGACAGCCCUGCUCCAAAGAGUCGGUCCCAUCGCCGCAGCCAGAGCGGUGCUGGUGCCGACGCGCAUGGGGCGCACGGACUUACCGACUCUGCCGAGACGUUGCACGGUCACGCUUCCUGUGCGGACGGCGUACGGCAUGGUGUGGCGUCAUCAGUUGCGACGGAACGGCGUCAUGUCCCUAACGCAACAACCGUCGUUGGUUGCUCCUCCCUGCCGCUUUUCAGCUCAACCCAAGUUGCUUCGCAAGUGCCCAUCCGUGACGUCAUCGGCCGCGCUACUCAGGGUUCGGACUCAUGCGGGCGGUGCCCUUCGACCGCCUUCUCCGAUGGCCGUAUCAGCGCCUCAGCUCUCGGCUCGUCCGCGGGUUCCUGUGCACCCGUCGCCAAGUAUGGAAUCGCAGCGUUUGGGGUGGCGGCAUCGGUCAAGUCUUGUUUCGCGGGGCCAAUCAGCGCGUCAGCAGUGCGGCAUGAGCCUGGGGCUGCGGAUAAGGGCUCUGCGCAGCUGUCUUGCUUCGCAACCAAGCCAACGGUCACACUAACCUCUCCAUCGGCUUCAGGCGAGGCUGUUGGAGCGGACUGCCAGGCAGAAGCGGACGCUGCAAAGCUUCACAGCGGCAGUAGCAGUCCGCUGCGCGCCUCCUUGAGCCCGCUUGUCGGUGGCUUGGGCCGCUGUGCCAACAUGGGACUUGCUGGAGGGUCCGUCAAGGCCCUGGCUGAUUCGGCAGAGGAGAUUGAGCUGCGGCGCCUUGCUCAACAGCGCCCGCAUCCUCCCAUCUUGCAGCCGGAGCGCUCACAGCAGUUGGUGGAGCCACAACCGUCAGCUGAAGCUCCCCUGUGCAGCUUCUUCAGCGGGCCUGCCGCCCCUGCGAACCCGUCCUUGGCUUCUGCGUCAGCCCAACCCACCACGUUCACGCUUGCACCGUUUGACCUAGCUGCGCUCGCGCGCUCCAACCUCUGUGGCACCAGCUUCAUGCCGGAACCUAACACCGUUACUGCUGGCCCUACAGCUGCUGCCGUCCCUAACACCUUCACUGGCUCUGUUGGAGGGCCAAGCUUCGCAGCACCUAAGCCGGCGUACGACGAGAGCAAUGGCGCCCCGGGUGCAGUCGUUGCCGCAGGGCGCAAGCAACAGCAGCAGCGCCGGGACUCCUUCCAAGACCUCCAAGACAUGUCCGAGCCUCGCAGCCGAGAUCGUCGCACAGAGGGCGCUGCGGGCGACAUGGAGCAGGACGCGGGCUGUGUUGGCCUACGCACGCCCGGUCUGACUCUUGUUGGAAGCCCAUCGUACGGCCAGCAGGGCUUGGGUCGCAGCUUCAGGAGCCACCAUGACGGCGCUUUCGGCAGCAGCGCAUCCGGCUACAACGAUGACGAGUGCGAGGACGGUACUCCCUGGCUGCGCACCAGCCAGCAAGUCCCCGACCCGGACGACCCCUCCAGCGCGGACAAGUACAGCCAGGUGCUGCUGAUGCGACUGCAGGCAGCCGCCGAGCAUGAGGAGCUGUACAGCGCUGCCGCGGCAGCUGCUGGUUGCCCCUCUGGGCCGUGUGGCUUGUAUCACCUGCAGGGACAUGGAAGCGGGGGCCUGCGCUACGACGGUUACGCUCCGAGGCCGUUUGGGAGUAACAGCUCGAGCAUGGAGCCGUCUCCGAUGCCCCGUCUGUCCUCACGGCUGCGGCGUUUGCGCGCCAGCCCUUACGGAGGCGGCAGCGGCGGGAACGGUACUGGCGGCUCGCUGUUCUCUCCACCGCCCUCUCAGUUGGGCACCCGCAGCCGCAGCGCUGGUGUCACGCCCGGCGGCACCAGCAGGCGUCUUCGCCGCCGCUCCGACCUCGCCUCCGGCCGCAGCUACGGUGACGUAGACGACGACGUUGAGGAGGACUGCGGCGACGACCACCGCAUGUUCGAUGCCGGCCACCAACACACGGCCCACCAAGCCAGCGGUAGAAACGCGACAGGCGAGACCCAGCCGUGCGGUGUUCCUCCCUCCUCGCGGGCUUGUGCGAGUGACCCGCAUGGGCAGCCGUUGUCCGCGCCGCUGUCAUGGCUUGCUGGCAUCUGCGCAGACGCUGACGGGAAGCCCAGCCAUGAGGAGGUGCCACGUCAGCGGGGCGCUAGCGCUGGGGGCGCCCCUCCGGUGCGGCCCUCGCUUCCGUCGCAAGAGGGGUGCGGCGCAGGUGCUGAUCGGCGCUGUCAGGAGUCUGGUCAGCGGUACCAGCAGCACAGGUCCCGGUCCCAUCCCGGCGAGGAGUUCCUGAACGGCCUGAUGGAUUACGACGACGAUGGGGCGGAGUUCUCGACGCCUCCCCACACUCCCCUCCGCGGCAUAGGCAACACCCACGACCACGACGCGGCUGCCGCCACCCAUCCUCUCCCAGACACCGCCGACACCUCGAUCGCGGGCACCGGUCCUGCGCCUGUGCGUGCCCCCGGGAACAAGUCCUUGUUCGGUGACAGCACCGGCCCUGUCGGCCGCUGCGGUGGCGGCGGCCGCUUACGGGAUGCUGCGCCGACGCCGCAUGCAGCACUCGGCGGCCGCCAGCAUUCCAGCGACGGCUGUGCGGGUGGCGCCAUGGAGUGGUUGGCGUCUGGGGCGCCUGGCAGCACACAGGACUUCAAUAAAUGGAUUGGCUGGGCCGCAAACAACAACGACCGCGGUUGCGCUGAAAGGCUCUGGCACGAGAUGUGCAGCCGCAGCGUCGCUCCGGACAUAAACACACUCAACGCUUUGUUGAGGUGCCUCUCCCGCAGCGUUGCUGACCCGGAGGAGGCCAACCUGCUGGUGUGUGAUGUGUGCUGCCGCGGGGGCUUCUCGCCCAACGGCACCUCGCAGCGGCUGCUGGAGGAGAUCUGUUUCCGCUUCGAACAGCUGAACGGCAGUCUGCUGGAGGCUUGAGGCUGCAUAAGAGCCGCCCGCAGUGCCCAGCGCCAGCUCUAUUGGCAUGGCUUAAGCUGCGACAUGCGGGGUACAGGCGGGUGACUAAAUCGCAGCCCGUGUCAAUACCUAAGGCUUGUCGCACUCUGGAUGCUUACUAAUCACACUGUGCAAAGGAAUGUGAGUUAUCCAAGCUCCGCGGACUUUGUGCUUGGACUUUAUGCAGGACGCGCUCUGUAUUAUGAGAACGUCGCUCGCUGGCAGUGGAUGGACUUGGUUUGAGCUGUUUCGUUACUCAAGUGUGUGUCCGGGUUUUGGCAGUCCUAUCUUCGUUGGUCACCUGUAACAUACGGGGAAUGGCACGUUCUUCCAGCACUCAGACGCAGACGUCCUAUACAGCCACAGGGCGCGGCUGGGUGCAGUGACUAUACGACAUUACGUCGCAUGCAUGUGAUGGUUUACCCCAGGACAACCACUGGAAACUAACCCGUUUCCAAGAAUAAAGGAGCCCAUACCCACUCAUGAACAGAACCAUGAUACAUGCCGG